AUGACGGUGCGUGAAAUAUUUGAAAACUUAUUGACUUCGGAAAAAUCCGGUCAAACAACAAAUUGUAAUAUUCCAAACCAAAUUUUUAAACUCAAAUAUUUACGUAGUGGGUCAGCUGCCAGGCUUGCUGGUUGGGAACAAAUCAGUACGAGUGAAGAAGAUUUAGAAGAAGGUAAAAAAAAGAAAAAUAAUGAAGUUCAUCCAAAACAAAAGAUUUCAAUUAUUCAUAAUACAGAAUCAAAUGCUGACAUUAUUGAAGAAACAACACCUAUUAUAUUACAUAAAUAUAAAUCAAUUUGUAAAGCAAAAAUUAGUAAUAUUAAUGAAAUUAAUAUCAAAUCACUUAUUAAUCAAAAUGAAUUAUUACGUCAAGAUGAUGUAAAUUUAUUAAAAUUUGUAAAUAAAAAAGAAAUAAAUGAAAAAAAAUCAACAAAAUCAACAUGUAUACAUGAUCAUCAUGUGAAAUUUUCACGUUCACGUAUAAAAUUUUUUCCAUCACUUAUAACAUCAUCAACAUUACCAACAGUAUCAUCAUCUUCAGCAUCAUCAACAACAUUAAAAUCAAUCAUUUCAUCGAAAAAAUCGUCUUCAUUAAAUAAACUCAGUGAAUGUAUACCAUUGAAAAAUAUUUUUGAUUUACAAUCUUAUUCAUCUAUUCCAACAUUGAAAUCAUCAACCAAUGGACCUAAUACUGUUUCGUGUAAUAUUAAUUGUAAUGUUAUUAAGACUAUUAACACAAACAAUAAUCUAUCUAAUAGUACUUUGAUUUAUGAAGUGAAACCAUCAUCCUCUGUAGAAUAUUCUGAUCAUAUACUACGUGUUCCAGUACUUGGUAGUCGUCAGUCUGGUAAAACUACAUUAAUUAAACAAUUUAUUCAUUGUAUCGAUCCUGGAAAUCCUCUUCCCACUUGUAAACAUCCAGAAUAUUAUGAUCCAAUGAUAUCAUUCAAUGAUCGUAUUUAUUAUGUACGUUUAAUAGAUUGUCCACCAAUUGAUAAAAAAUUUCCAACUAAUUCUAUUGAGGAAUGGGAGAAUUAUCGUGGUUGGGGUUUAAGAAAUGCUUCAGCAUUUAUUUUAGUUUUUGAUGUUAAUUCAGAAUCAUCAUUUCAGCAUAUACGUCAUUUACGUGAUCAAAUUGUUAGUGAAUUUAAUGAUAUACCAUUAUUAUUAGUUGCAAAUAAAAUUGAUUUAUUACAACAAAUUACAAAUGGAUUUAAUUCAAAUAAUAUUAUACCAUCAUCUUAUUCAACAUCUUCUACAUCAUCUUCAGCAAUCACUAUGCCAAUACAAGGACAAUUACAAAUGGUUCAUUUAAAUAAUCCUAAUUAUCGAUUUAAUAUACGUCGUGAUAUAAAUAUGAUUAUUAAAAAACAAUGGAAACGUACUAUACUUGUUGAAUGUUCUGCUAAAUACAAUUGGCAUGUCAUGAAUGUUUUCAGAGAGUUAAUGCGUAUUUUAGAGAAUAGAGAACAGGCACAUAAACCUACUGCAGCUAGAGCAGUACAAAAUGCAUUAAGGAAUAAUCAAUGUUCAAUAAUGUGAUUCUUGUGUUUUUUUUCUUCUCCUUAUCCUUAAAUGUAUAAAUGAUAACAGAAAUAAGGCACAUAAAUAAAAAUAUACUUACUACAACAACGACAAUUAUGCUAAUGAUUUGAUUAUUUUUUGUAACACUGUUGAUGACUGAUGACGAUGAUGAUGAUGAUGAUGAUGUAAUCAAUUAAAAACUCAUGUUCAUGUGAAAAGGCUAGUUCUAGAUAUUUUGAGUUAUUUUUCAGUUUUAUUUCUGCUUCUAUUUCUUUUGUUAAUUUUUUAAAAAAUCUUACUCUUUUUUCCCCUACCUUCAUUCACUUAUGAUUAACUUUAUUGAACUAGACAAGAUAUUCAAUGCAUUAUAAUGGAUGGAUUAUAGCAACUUAUUAUACAUAUAUACAUAAGAUUUAUUCACUAUGAACUUAUCAAUUAAAGAAAAUGAAAUGGAACAAAAUAUUCUGAUAAAUAUUACGCACAUUAAUCCAGA